UGUGUUUAUUUAUUUUGUACAUGUUGGGGUGGAAAUUUCAGCAAGGGAACAGUAAUCUGUAACGUGAAACGGGAAUCUGCAGUCAAGAGCGAUCAGCAGUCAUGCACUGAUCAAGGAGCACAGACCACAAACCGCAGCUUGAAAGAGCAACCGACUGUCACGACCUCACCACUGCAGACAGCAAAACAGAACUGCAGGCGGAAGUUGAGUGUUUGGUUUUCCAGUCUGCUAGAAGAAACCCAUUACCUAACAGGCCGACAGAAUCAAAAAUUAUUCUUUCAUUGCUGAAAAUAAUAAUAAUAAAAAUUAAAAAAAAAAUAUCAAGGACCCUGUUUCUUGAAAACAAACGCAGUUGUAAAUUGCUUGGAUGGGAAAAUCGAAUUCAUUUGUUUGGAAGACAUAGACUUUCCCGAUUGUCUCUUUUUCGUAUUGGAUCAUAGAAGAAGGUCCAGUUUGGUUCAUCCUGGCUUCAUCGGAUUUGCUUCAUUACUUUAUCGCACAUUUCUCUGAGCCGCUUCCUACUCGACUACGCAGUGAACAGACUGGUCUGAUUUGAUCUGCUUUCAGCAAGUACUCCGAUCUACGUUAAUACUACCUCAGGUCUUAAGAGCGUUGCUAUAGUGUGUUUUAAUUCUAAUUUACAGUUUUAUCACAAUUAAAUCACACGCUUACAGAGAGAAAACCAAGAACCGCCGUAUUAUCAGCGAACCUUAUGCGUAUCUCGGUACAUUUUAUUUUUAUUGUGUUUUCGGCGUCUCCAUUUCAAUACGUAGGUGUGUUAUCCCUGCAUAAUCAUUUUGCAAAAAUUGAAUUGUACAUUUUGGCUUCAAGUCUUUGAAAACCGUGUUCUUGAUUAGGAGGGUCGAAUAAGUCAAAGAAGCCGGUUUCUACUGUAAGUGGGUUGUGCAUUUUAUUAAAUUAAGUAUUUUAAUUGAUUAGUUUGGGGAUAUCUGAAACAGAUUUUUUUUUUUUUUUAUCAGUUAAACGAUAUCAUUUUUGUAUUUAUUUAACAUUUAAACAAAAAUAUGGGGUUGGAUAUGCUAUUGGUAAUAGUCUCAGUAUUUGUAACGUUUUUGUUUUCUUACAUUGACAGCUGUUAAAAGGCAGCCGUUUUAUAGGCUACACAUUACGUUGACAUGAUUUAGAGUUAUUCACGAAUUUAUAUUAGCCAUUGUCCUCUCACUGUACACUACUUUGUCACCAUGGCACGAACAGAAGAAGCUUUUAACAUUGCUAAGUGGUAGUGUAAACAAUCCCCAGCUUUUUACAAUUAAAGCAUAUAAGCUUAUCGGAGCAGGAAUAAUUAAUAAUUAUGGCAGAUCGCAAUCGGAUCCGGUAUGGCAACAGUACACACAGUCCAACUACAAGCCCUGGGACUGGGCGGAAGCAACAGUCCUCGAGUUCCAGAACUGAGCAUCAAAUCAGCGCCCCAGGACACAAUUUUAAGAAAGUGACUUUAACCAAACCAACGUUCUGUCACCAAUGCACCGAUUUCAUCUGGGGACUGGCUGGGUUUCUGUGUGAAGUGUGUAACUUCAUGUCCCAUGAGAAGUGCCUGAAGCAUGUGAAGACUGUCUGCUCUUGCAUGGUUUCUACUUUAGUGCGGGUCCCAGUUUCCCAUUGUUUCAGUCCUCUUGGCCAUAAGAAGAAAUUCUGUUCAGUUUGUAGAAAGCAACUGGAGGAGAGCUCCGCCUUGCGCUGUGAAGUGUGUGAGUUGCAUGUCCAUGUCGACUGCUCACCUUUUAGCUGUAGUGACUGUCGACAGUGUCACCAUGAUGGCCACCAAGAUCAUGACAUCUGUCACCACCACUGGAGGGAGGGCAAUCUCUCCGCUAGUGCACGCUGUGAAGUGUGCAAGAGGACCUGUGGCUCCUCAGAAGUGCUGUCUGGGAUGAGGUGUGAGUGGUGCGGAAUCACAGCACAUGCAGCCUGUUAUAUGAUUCUUCUGCCAGAAUGUAAGUUUGGAAGACUGAAGAAAAUGAUUCUUCCCCCAAACUGUGUGCGUGUCUACUCCCGAAACUUCAGCAAAAUGCACUGUUUCCGGAUCUCUGAAAGCUCCCAAAAAGAACCAGAUGACAGUGAUGAUAUUGAUUGCUCAGCUUUAGGGAACUUGAAAGAAACGCAAUCCACCUCAUCGCCAGAAUCAAGCAAACAGACCCUAAAGAUAUUUGAUGGCAAUGAUGCAGUGAAGCGCAACCAGUUUCGCACCAUAUCUGUUCCACGGAUAGUGAAAAAUGAACAAAUUUUGGAAGCAGCGCUGAGAGUUUACUACAUCCCAAAUGAGCCCCAAGACUACGAGCUCCAGAUAUACUGCCAACAGGUCCUGGGUAACAAUGAUAUCACCAACUGCAAUGGGGCCAUGGAAAACUCCAAGUCACAGUCUGUGUUUAAGGAGUCUAUGCCUGAGGCCUGGGUGCUCCGAGCCAAGCCAAAGGAGAGUGAAGUCCUCAAGAUAUAUGCUGGAUGGUUAAAACUGGGAGUGGCAUACAUCUCCAUCUUGAUCACCAAGAAAAGCACUGUUGGCUCUGUCAUUAAAGAAGUUCUUCAGCAGCUAGGAAGACCGGACGAAGACCCAGAGGGUUUAAGAAUUGUGGAAGUGUACAUGGGGAGCAAAGAAGUUCAACGUCAAGUGCUGACGAACCAGGAACUUUUACUGGAGAAACUUCAGGACAUCAGAAAGAACUCUAUUCGGCAAAUGAACCAGACCCGGUUCUACAUUGUGGAGAACAGGAACUCCGUGGUGCAGGUGAACCUGUUGGUGAGCGGACUACCAGUACAGCUGAAUGAAAAAGAAUACACUGAACUUCUUCAAGAACACCUCGCCAUUAAAAUUCACCUGGUUUCUGUCAGUCAUGUUUACAGAUGGCAAGGGGCUGUGAUACUGGAAAUAUCUUGCUUUUCUGAAGCUGAAAGAAUAUAUAUGCUAGCAAAAGAUACUACAAUCAACAGCAAACAGAUAUCCGCAGUUAUCAUUCCUGAAAUAAUGCAUAAGAAGCUGCCACAGGAAUGCUGUCCUCUUCUUCUGUUUGUAAAUCCCAAGAGUGGAGGACUGAAAGGGAGAGAUCUCCUUCACAGUUUCCGGAAACUUCUAAAUCCUCACCAAGUCUUUGAACUGACCAGUGCAGGGCCCCUACCAGGUCUGCAUACUUUCCGUCAGGUGCCGCAUUUCCGGAUCUUGGUGUGUGGUGGUGAUGGCACAGUUGGUUGGGUCCUGGGUGUACUGGAAGAGAUCCGACACAAACUAGCCUGUUCAGAACCAGCCAUUGGCAUAGUGCCCCUCGGAACAGGUAAUGACUUGGCCAGAGUGCUGCGCUGGGGUGCAGGCUACAGUGGGGAGGACCCCCGCUCUGUGCUCAAGUCCUUGGAUGAAGCAGAAGAGGUACUGAUGGACCGCUGGACUAUCUUGCUGGACGCCCAAGAGGUUGUUGACGAGGAUAAGGAGAAUGGCAUCACAGAGCCAGAGCCACCAAAGAUCGUACACAUGAACAAUUACUGUGGACUGGGAAUCGAUGCAGAGCUGAGUCUUGGUUUUCACCAUGCCAGGGAAGAAGAGCCUGGCAAAUUUACUAGCAGGUUUCACAACAAAGGGGUGUACGUUAGAGUGGGGCUGCAGAAGAUCAGCCACACCAGAAAUCUGCACAAGCACCUGCAGCUGCAGGUGGACCAGCAUGAGGUGGAACUCCCCAGUAUUGAGGGGCUCAUCUUCCUCAACAUUCCCAGCUGGGGAUCUGGAGCUGACUUGUGGGGCUCCGACAGUGACGCCCGAUACUGGAAGCCAGAGCUUGAUGACGGCUUACUAGAGGUGGUGGGAGUAACUGGCGUGGUGCACAUGGGCCAAGUCCAGGGUGGUUUGCGUUCUGGAAUCCGGAUUGCUCAGGGGGCGUAUGUGCGUGUCACAAUUACAAAGGCCAUUCCUGUCCAGGUUGAUGGAGAACCUUGGAUUCAGCCACCGGGGGAAAUUAUAAUCUCUGCAGCAGGACCUAAGGUGCACAUGCUAAGGAAGUCCAAAGUGAAGCAGAAGAAGCAGUCAGGGGGUUUGAAAGAGUCAAGAACGGACAGCCUAACACUUUCCGAAGGAGUAAACUGAAAACUUGCAGAGUUCUCAACUGAUUGUUCUUACUGACUGGAGACUGCAGCAAAAGGACAGGUGACCUCUGAGCUCAACUGCAUUACUGUAGGACAUUCAUUAUUUUCUAAAUCUUUAUUUUAUUGUCAUCCCUUCAAUACAAAAUACCAGUAUUUUCCAGUGAGACAAGUUUUCUAACAGACUACAAAUGGCUUACAAUUGUCAGCUUCUUCUGUAAUAACCAUCAAUAACUCCAGGUGUACAAAUUACUUCAUACCUGUCUAAUCAGUGUUUUCAGUCAAUUGAAAAAAACGGGUUUAAAAAGGUUAAAUGAUUGAUUAAUAACCCAGUUCCAGUAAAGUGUUUGCUGUAAAAGACAAUUCAUAAGGAAGCACAGUGCAAAAAAGGCUUUUAUUUGAAAUGCACAUGAUGUUGUACUGUGUAGUGCCGCAGAGCACAACACCUUCACAUUACUGUAGGUGCUGCUUUAUUUCAUUGUCCCUUUGCCACCUUUGAAAUGAACCUCCAGAACUGAUGUGGCUUCUACCUAACAGUUUGCAGCUUUGCAAAUGGUGUUUUCAAACGUAACAAAAAAGUGUAGGGCCUUUGGAACAGAUCAUUUCCAAAUUUUAGAGGUACUGUGUACUGUGAUUUUGUUGUAAAUGUACAAAUUAACUGAGGACAUUUCAUCUUAUCCAGAGAUUAUAUUUAGGAUAUUUGGAAUGCACUCUUAAAAUAUAUAAUCCAUAUAUGUAGCCCACUUUGAGGACCAAGAAAAUUGAUCAAUUUAAAUAAAUAGACUUAUUGUAUUUUUAAAUUGCAUUUUUGUGU